AUGACAAGCAUCUGGCUCUUCGAUGUACGUGAGUUGGUCGACCAAUCGGCUCGUCUGGAGGGUUUCGAUAUCUCGUUUGACGCCGCACCUCCUACGGAGACAUUGCCGCCCAACGUGUCAUUCAGGCACUGGGAUGUGAACCAAGAAUUACCAGAAGACCUUGUGGGGGCAUUCGAUAUUGUCCACGUGCGCUUCUUUGCGUUCGUUCUGAUGAACGACCAGGUCCAGCCCGUUGUGGAGCGCCUCUUUAGAAUGCUUAAACCCGGCGGGUAUCUCCAGUGGGGCGAUCCAGACUUCCAGUCAGUCCGUUUCGACAAGACGAACCCCGAGGUCAAAGGAGAGGCCAUGGCAGAGAUGUUCAAGUUGCUAUCUGUGCAGGACCCACGCUUCAAGCCAACCUGGGUCACGAAGCUGCCAGAUAUAUUUGCUGCCGCAGGAUUCACGGAGACUGAGGUUGACAAGAACGACUGCCCACCGCACAUGGCAUUUAUUCUGCACGAGUGUGGGCUGAUGAUUCACGAGCUCAUUUAUCGUAAAAACAAGAACGAAAAGAUGCAGAAGGAGCUGGGCCGUCUGCUUCCUCUAGCUGUGGAAGAGGCAAGGAACGGGGUUUACACGACCGCGGUGCGCUGGACUGUGAUUGGAAAGAAGCCCGAGGCCUGA